UUCGUGCUCUGUGCAAAAACAUGCUUAAAUUCAUUUCGGUUAAAUUCAACAAAAAGUUUUUCUUGAAUUAAAUAAAAAUGGCUCAUCAAAAUAUUACAAAUUUUCGUUAUCUUUUGCGUUCGAAAUUUUGCGAUUCGAUAAGAUUUUCAAGCACAAAAGUUUCAAGCGAAGCGAAAAUACCGGACAAUUCAAAAUGUAUCAAUAAAGUUAUUCUGCUUGGUCGUUGUGUUGCCGAAGCAAAUCUAAAACCAUUAAACAAUACAAAUUUUGCAACAUUUAUUAUGGUUACAAAUGAUUUACGUCGAACGAAAAGUAAUGAAAUUGUUAAACGUUCCGAUUUUCAUAAGGUUUUUGUUUAUCAACCAUUUUUGGCACAAAAAGCUAAUGAUUUAAUUACAAAAGGAACUCGAAUCUAUUUGGAAGGAAAGCUAAAUUAUCGUAAAUAUGAAAAUCAAUUUUUUUCCAACAUAGUUGCUGAAAAAAUAUUAUUCAUUUCGGGUACCAAUCGACAACAACAACAACAAGAAUUUGAUGAUGAUGAUAAUAUUGAAGAAAUUGAUGAAGCAUUUAUCAAUGAAAGUGAACAGCAACAACCACAAACUUCGGAAAAGUAUUCUGCUUAAAUACCACUUGAUGGAUUCAAUCAAUAAAAUUGUAGAAUCACCAUUUUUUUCUCUAUUUAGCAAUCUAUUUGAUAAAUUGUUUUAAAAUUAUCAA